GAAUUUCUAGUUGAUUCACAGAAUCCGAAAGUGUUCCAACUAUUUUCAAUUUCUCUCUUCAUUUAAAUCAAUUCGAAUAAUGUGGCUUACGUUAAACAAAGGUCUUUUGCCCGACUAUCUAGUUGAGGUGCCAUUUUUAAUCAGGAGGUUGUUGGUCUACCGUUUUUUAUGUGCAACCUUGUACUGCAUCUGUAUGGAAUUUGGCGUAUUGGCAGUUUUCCUUUUAUGUGUUAUAUUACCCGUGAAGGGGAGUCCUAUUAGUUGGCUUUGUUACGUUAUCAAAUGGACUUUUUUUUCGAUUUACACCUGGAUUUUGAUUCUUCCUCUCUUUAUUGGAAUUGGACUCUACGGACUAUUACUUUGCCGAAUGCACAAUAUUCGUCCGGAAUGUCAUCACGUUCUCUUUGAUCGAUUCAAGCAUAAUUUCUUGCACAAAUUUUACCUGAUGUGCAUAACCGUGGCCCUCAGCUGUUACACUACUUGGAUGUACAAAGGCUACAUAAUGAAGCAGCUAACGAGGAGUGAGCAGCUGGUGAUGAAAAUAACCUAUGCCGAUGGUUAUUUGAUGGCAUUUGGCAACUUGUGCGGCUUGAGUUAUUUUUUUACUCAAUAUGCUCCAUCAAGUUUUAAGGGCUUUAAGUUGCCCAUAGCAAGCUCGGCAGUAUUGGUCCGCAUACUACGCCAGAUUUCGCGCUCAUCCCUGAAGGAAGCUGUGAAGACAACGUUAAUAUCGGCAACAGUUUUUAGCCAGUUCGUUUGUGACCCAGGACACGAUCUCCUUUAUCACUCUUGGUGUUUGGGCAUGGCAAUCUCGAUCCAAUUGCAUCUUGCCAGGUGCAUUUAUAGCUUGGUUUGGCAAGAAAAGUUGCCGCUGUCGUUGCAAAACUUCUAUCCACAUUCUGCGAAUAUUCCCAUGCACAAACUGCUACUGAAGCGCCUGAAAGUGUGGUUUUGCUACGGAGUAAUGUUACCCGUGCAUUAUGAAGACGUUAAGGAUAUUGAAAAUAGUCGCAAAUUGCCACUCUUCAUGGCCUUGGACUGUGGCGUGCUACACGGCUUUCAAAUGCAGGCAGCAAUGGAAUUCAGUGCGACCAUAAAUAAGCCAAUAAUGUUUAAGCAAAUCUUCAACGUCGAUAAGAUAACUGGAUGUAGAUCCUGGAGAGACCUACGCAACAUUGUGAUGGAAAACUUCUCAACGUCCAUCCAAAAGUUGACUACAGUUGAACACAAAAGGGUGACAACAAAGUUAAACAGCAAUGUACACACUUAAAGGCUGUCUGCAGUUGCUGGCACAAGGAGGACAGGCUAACUAACCAUAAGAGGAUAAUCAGGCAACCGUAACAGGAGACGCUAGUGCUAGGAGGCAGCUCAACACUAGUCCCCUUUUUUUUGAUACAUGAAAACAAACAACAAAAUGCACUUUUUGCAACAAAUCUAAAAAAAAAGAAACAAAGAGAACAAGGCAAAUGCCCUCCAACCAACUUGACUGAUAGUUUAAACCAUAACCCAUUAACUUUGCUGAAUCAACAAUCGUUUUAAUUACUAUUUAAGUCAAAAUUUACUACCCAUAAAAUGCCAAAUUUGCAACAGCAGAAGCAGCGACAAUUGCAACUGCAACUAUAGAAACAUCAGAAUCAGACAGACUCAGCCAUAAGCAGCAGCAACCCACAUACACAUCAUCAUCAUUAUCAUCAAUUAAAAUCA